AGCCACGCUGCAGAAGACGAGAAAGAGCUAGGAUUGGAGGCGAGCAAGCGGGCGAUCAACCCGUUGACGAACAGACCUUAUACGAGGUCUGAUGCGUCUUCUGCCAAAGACCGGUCCCGGCUCGGGGCCGAGCGGGAAGUCGAAUCGAGCCAGAGCGGGACGUACGUCCCGGUCAAAUCGUUGGCCAGCGUAGGCGGCAGUCUCGGUUCCCGAGGAAGGCGAGACGAGCACGAUCAUGAUCAGGAGGAUGGGAGACGGUCCCGAAGUCGGUCGACCGAAGUCAGGCGGAUCCCGGGGCUUUCGAGGGAGAGACCUCGAUCGCGAUCCCGAUCUAGAUCCGGGUCUAGGUCCAGGAGGGAGGUCAUGGAAGUCUCGGCUUGGUCGAGCAGUGAUGAAUCGGAUUCCAGCUUCCAAAGUACGCCCAAGAGCCGGACGGAGCGGAAAGAGUGGACGGGGCGAGUCAGCAGGUCGUCGGCCUGUCCCGAAGAAGAAGAAGAUGAUGACGAUGACGAAGGCGUCAUCACCGGUCAGACUUCACCUUCGCCUGCCUCAGGGUCGAUCCGAGGAAAUCUCCAGAAGGAUGUCGCGCAGGUCAUCGACUAUAGCAUCCCUCUUCGUUCGCCGACCGUCUUCCCCGUAUCCUACAAGGUGGAUCAAACGACUGGGGAAAAGAUCGAGAGGAAGCUUGCGAGGGGAGCCAAGGUCCAGGCGCUCGGGUUGGGACUGACGGCUAUGACGAUCACCCCUGCGUCAUCGGCGCCCUCUUCAGCAUCAGGGGAGAUGGGGACGGGUACCAAACGACCCAAGUCGGCUUCCUCCCUCGUGCCGAGUCGCGCUCCGUCGUUUGUCGAUGCGUUCAAGAACGCUUCUUCGAGCGAACUCGGAUCGGCACUUCCCACCCCAGCCGAGUCGGAAGACAGCUUCGCAGCCAUCGCUCCGAGCCCGCUAUGGACCCCUUCUGUCAACCCGCUGAUCAGAGGCAGGAACACCGCUACUACGGCUGACGGCGCAUCGUUGGCUGCAGGUGAACAACCGUUCUGGAGCAUUGGGGCCAACGUCCCCUUAGUCAGCCGUAAGGGCAUGUUCAGGCGGACGAUGAGCGGAUUGAGCGCUUCCCGCUGGGACGUCGACAACGAUUGCGAGGCACCUGUAGAGGAUGAAGCGGAUGACGGAUUGGUCUCGGACGGACGGGACGUAGGGUUCAUCGAUGGCCUGCUGGAAGAUUAUCAGUUGGCGCACCCCCCUACCCCGGCUGCUAUGCCCAGGUCGAACUCUUACUUGGGGAAAGCGUUCGGGAUGACCCAGAUGAGACCGACGGUGGGACGAGGAGGGUCGUACGCUAGCGACAAGGAGAAUAGGAACUUGCAGGUCAGGUCGAUGGUCGCCGUUUCCAAUACCCAGUCCAAGGCCAAUGACGUGCAAGUACAACACGUCGAAGGCCGCUCGAUUGGGGCUAUGGCCAUGACGACUCUGCCCAACGCACCUAUUCCUUCUCCAAAAGCUAGGCGGAACCAUAGCGAUGGUUCUACACGUCCGACGACAAGCCCGGAUUCUGAACGCAGGAUGUUCAGGAUGGUCCGAAAGUUGACGUUCCAACGACCCCAUCACAAAGACGGACGGGGCAAGGGACGAGGAGGAAAUUGGCACCGGGAGUGCGGGGAGGCCAUCUGAUUCGUGCAGAUUUGGGAGCAGUCCGAGAGCGCUCUGAUAAAUUGAACGAGAUACUGUAUUACCAGUCACAUACACGCACUACACUGUAUCAUCCUAGUUACCCGCAUAUACACGUAAAGGGAGAUUCCAUGCGAUGAUCAUAAAUGAGAACGAU